ACGAUCAGUAUACAGUACUCUCUCUCUCUCUCUCUCUCUCUUCCUCACUGGAACUCCAAAUAUACGAUGGAUUCGUAUACGAUGGCCUUUUGUGCGUACGGGAAGCUGAGUAGCCUGUGCCUCGUGUCCACCGACGGCUGCGGCCGAAUGAGAAAUCGCCGGGGGAGAAAGUGUGUAGUCGUUCGAGCCGCGUCCUCGUUGUACGAAGAGGGCCAGCUGGAACGACCCAAGUGGACGGGGGAAACCCCUCUCUCUCGUCUCGUCGGAGCUCUUAUCUCCUUCAAGCCUCUCUACUCUGUCCUCAAGCUCGGCGCCCGACAAGUCCUCAUCAGUACGGCAGAGAAAACAAACAUUCCAUGGCGGGAGAUGACGAGGGAGAUUCUGGAAUCUGAGGUUUACAAAGAGAUGGACAGCAUUCAGAACUCGUCGAUUGUGUACCCUGACUAUUAUCUCAACCCUUUCCAUGCAUAUGAUGAGGGCAACCUGUCUUGGCUGGCUGCAGCAGAAGCUGAGGCAGCAACUAUGUCAAUGGUGAGAAGAGCAAUACCUGAUGCUUCUUCUCUAGAUGAGGCAAAUCAAAUUGUUAGGGGAAAUUGGCUAAAUGCUAUUGAACAACAUCAUCAGCAGUUUUCAGGAAACGCAAUGAUUGAAAACAUUCUUGAUAUCGGGUGUUCUGUUGGUGUGAGCUCAAGAUAUCUUGCUAACAAAUUUCCUUCUGCUAAAGUCACGGGACUAGACCUAUCUCCUUACUUUCUUGCUGUUGCUCAGUUUAAGGAAAAGAAAAGCACCCCAAGAAAGAACCCAAUCAGCUGGGUGCAUGCAAAUGGUGAAGACACUGGAUUGCCUGCCCAAUUGUUUGACAUUGUCUCAAUUGCAUAUGUGCUCCAUGAGUGUCCCGCAAGGGCAAUAGUUAAUUUAGUGAAGGAAGCAUUUCGGCUCCUUCGACCUGGAGGCACUUUUGCUGUGACAGAUAAUUCGCCGAAGUCAAAGAUCCUUCAGGAACUGUCUCCAGUGCUGUUUACAUUGAUGAAGAGCACCGAACCAUUUUUAGACGAGUACUACCUCACUGAUCUUGAAGGGAAAAUGAGAGAAGCAGGCUUCGUGAAUAUCCAAACAAUUCUCACUGACCCAAGACACAGGACUGUGACGGGUACCGUUCCUUACAUUUGCCAAAACUCCUCCGUUGCUCUGCCCCCAUCUCUCUCUCUCUCUCUCUCUCUCUCUCUCUCUGCGAUCAUGAAGAAAGAACUGAAGGAAACGAGUGAGCUCGACAAGAACCAUGGCGGCGCAACCGAGAACGACGACAAUGAAGCAAUUGAGCUUGUUCUCUUUCAAGUGCCUGAAUCUUACGUUUAUUUGAUACCACCGAGAAAAACUGCAGCUUCAUACAGGGCUGAUGAAUGGAAUGUCAAUAAAUGGGCGUGGGAGGGGACAUUGAAAGUUGUUAGCAAGGGAGAAGAGUGCAUUAUCAGACUUGAAGAUAAGACAACAGGUGAAUUGUAUGCUCGGGCAUUCUUGAGAGAUGGAGAACCACAUCCGGUGGAGGCUGUAAUUGAUAGUAGCAGAUACUUUGUUCUUCGCAUCGAAGAGGAUAUUGGUGGCCGCCUCCGGCAUGCUUUCAUUGGCAUUGGUUUUCGAGAAAGAACUGAGGCUUAUGAUUUCCAAGCUGCCCUUCAUGACCAUAUGAAGUACCUGAACAAAAAGAAAACUGCAGAAGAAAUGGAACAGCAGUACCAGAACAAUUCAUCAGUUGAUUACAGUUUAAAAGAUGGGGAGACUAUUGUAGUCCAAUUAAAGAAUAAAAGUGGUCGGUCCAAGUUUUUCGAGCAGGGUUUAAACAAUCUAUCCCUAGAGGAAAAGGCCAACCAAAAAGUGUCUGCCAUAACUAUCAAACCGCCGCCACCUCCACCAGCGCCACUUUCACCGGUUAUUACUGUGAAGUCUCCCUCUGACUCGCCAUCAAAUUUGAGUCUUGACAAAACUUCUGGAAACAGAGAACAAUCAAAAGAAGAACAUUCUCUAGAAAAUCAAACGGCACCGGAUUUACCAGAUGACGACUUUGGGGAUUUUCAAGCAGCUGGGUGAUAUGGUCUUUGUAUCUGAUUCACUUGUUUGAAAAUUUUCGCAUUGUGUUUAGCUCGAGGUUGUGUACAUGAUCGUGUUCAUUAAAUGCAUAAGUAAACUCUACUGAUGUGCUGAAAACUACUCCAGACUGUGCAGUAAUACCGUGCCUCAGUACGGCCACAAUACUUUUUCACAGAAGGUUUUAUAUUUAUUUCAGAACAAAUUAGCGUUGA